UUGGAGCUAUUCAUAGAACAGGAUGAGUAUUUGGAGCUGCUAAGUCAUGCGGCAGGACUACGUUUUAUCAUCCAUGACCAGAAGGACAUGCCAUUUCCUGAAGACGAUGGAGUGAACAUCCCUCCAGGGCAGGAGUCUGACCUCGCCAUUGUGAAGGUUCACGUGCGUCGACUGAAGGCCCCCUAUGCUAGCAAAUGCAGUAAUGGAGAUGGGAUCCAAAACUACUACCGAGAUGCAUACAAAGUUGGGUACACCCGGGAGGCCUGUAAGAAGACGUGUGGGCAGAUGCACAUCAUUAACAACUGUGGCUGUGGGAUGUGGGAGUUCCCUGUUCCCAAAGGGAUGAAUGUGCCUUUCUGCAACAUUACUAACAAGGAUAUUAAUCGCUGUGUGCAGAUCUUCGAAGACAUGUUUGCUCACGAUGAGUUGGACUGUAGCUGCCCACUGCAGUGCGAGGAGGAGAUAUUUGAACUGACUCUGUCUUCAUCCCAGUGGCCCAGUGCUGUCUACAUGGAUGAAUUUGCAAGACAACUCAAGAGCUCCGGUGGGAAGCUAGCACAAGUAGCUAGCAACAGUAUCAGGGAUAAUCUUGUGAAAGUCAUUAUCAACUACCAUCAACUUAACUAUGAGCUGAUUGAGGAAGACCCAGCCAUCCGGGCGAUCGAUCUCGUGUCCGGUAUCGGCGGUCUGGUUGGUCUGUGGAUCGGAGUGUCAAUCUGCACAGUGGCCGAGUUUCUAGAGCUCCUACUAAACGUCAUCAUUUUCACAGUGAAGAAGAGACUGAUUCGGAAAAACAAGAAGGCUCCAUUGAAUCCGUACAUGAUUGCUCACCAAACUUUCAAGCCAAUUGUAUGAAGAUAUUGCAGCUAAAUUGUUUCACCCAAAACUGCCUCAAGUUCAUUCUUGCUAAUCAUUUACUUAUAAAUUACAAUACACUUGGUUAUAGAUAAUAACUAAGGUAAAACUCAAAAGUAACUAAAGUAAGUCAAUUAAUAUUCUUUUUUUAAUUAUUAUUAUUAUUACCAGUUAUUAUUAUUAUUAUUGUUGUUUGUAUUUUUCUAUUCAGAAAUGCACCAUUAAAUUAUGGCCACAUGAUGGCAGAAGAAUACAAAAGAAUAUGUGUAUGGAAAGUAUUAUUUAAGUGGCAUAGCAUACAACAGGCUGUGUGGGUAUCCUGUCAUAUGUAGACCCCCUGAAUGUACAUUCAUUCUGAAAUGUUUACACACCUGUGAUCAUUUUCAAAACUGUAGAAAUUGAAAAACGUAACUCUUUCAUGCAUGAAAUAUUGAAAAUAGCUGAAAAAAAGUAGUUUUGCACACACAAUAAAUGUUUUUUAAUUGAACUUUGUUUUUCCCAUUGCUUUAUCCCCAUAUGAGGUCAUCAUGCAUUUGUGUCUUCCUUAUGCCCACAUAUCAAGACUAGAAAAAAGUUUUUUUGUAUCCAUUCCCAUAUGAGGUUUCCUUAGCAUGGUUACAAGUUUCCUGUUUGGCAGCAUUUUGUGGUCUUCCACUUGUCAUAAAUUGACCCAGUACCCAGAAUUUGCAAAAUUUACUGCCUUCACUCUUCAAAACACCUCCAGCCACUAGAACAUAGCCGUGUUUAUUAAGAUUUUGUAGAAAGUGUUUUAUGUACACUAUUUACUGUUUUUGUCAAGGUUUGGAUUUCAAAACAGUUUAGUUCUUGAGAGAAAAUAAUACAAUAGUUGUGUAUCUCCAUCGGUCACUGCAUGCAGUACCAUGUUUCCUAUCUAUGCCAUCAUUUAUAAUGCAUAUAUGUUUU